CAGGCCUCUGUGGGGAAGGGUCCCAGGUGUGGCCCUGAAGACCAGGCUCGUGUGCUUUGCUGGGAACAAUGAAAAGGAGGAAACUGUGACUGAAGCUCCAGCCAGAACCCAGCCGAAGGGGGACCAUAGUUGCCCAGGAGCCCAGGGCCAGCCAGCCCCUGGUUGGGAGAAGCCUUGGGACAGUCCUGCUCCGGAAACCUGUUGGGAAAGGCGGAGGGGUCCCAGCCCCCAGGAGCGGGCUGCGGUGCCGAUGCCGGAUGACGGUGCUGGGAUGGAGACCGCCAAGAAGGAAAAGGCAGAGCAGAUCCUGGCGGAGUUCCGACUGCAGGAGGAGGACUUGAAGAAGGUGAUGAGGCGGAUGCAGAAGGAGAUGGACCGCGGCCUGAGGCUGGAGACUCACCAGGAGGCCAGCGUGAAGAUGCUGCCCACCUACGUGCGCUCCACCCCCGAAGGCUCAGAAGUCGGGGACUUCCUCUCGCUGGACCUGGGCGGCACCAACUUCCGGGUGAUGCUGGUGAAGGUGGGGGAGGGGGAGGCCGGCCACUGGAGCGUGAAGACCAAGCACCAGAUGUACUGCAUCCCCGAGGACGCCAUGACGGGCACCGCAGAGAUGCUCUUCGACUACAUCUCCGAGUGCAUCUCCGACUUCCUGGACAAGCACCAGAUGAAGCACAAGAAGCUGCCCUUGGGCUUCACCUUCUCCUUCCCCGUGAGGCACGAAGACAUCGACAAGGGCAUCCUGCUCAACUGGACCAAGGGCUUCAAGGCCUCAGGAGCAGAAGGGAACAACAUCGUGGGGCUCCUGCGAGACGCCAUCAAGCGGAGAGGGGACUUUGAGAUGGACGUGGUGGCCAUGGUGAACGACACGGUGGCCACAAUGAUCUCCUGCUACUACGAAGACCGCCAGUGUGAGGUUGGCAUGAUUGUGGGCACGGGCUGCAACGCCUGCUACAUGGAGGAGAUGCACAACGUGGAGCUGGUGGAAGGGGAAGAGGGCCGCAUGUGCGUCAACACGGAGUGGGGCGCCUUCGGGGACGCGGGCGAGCUGGACGAGUUCCUGCUGGAGUACGACCGCGCGGUGGACGAGAGCUCGCUGAACCCGGGCCAGCAGCUGUACGAGAAGCUGAUCGGCGGCAAGUACAUGGGCGAGCUGGUGCGGCUGGUGCUGCUGCGGCUGGUGGACGAGGACCUGCUCUUCCGCGGGGAGGCCUCGGAGCAGCUGCGCACGCGCGGCGCCUUCGAGACGCGCUUCGUGUCGCAGGUGGAGAGCGACUCGGGCGACCGCAAGCAGAUCUACAACAUCCUGCGCACCCUGGGGCUGCGGCCCUCGGCCGCCGACUGCGACCUCGUGCGCCGCGCCUGCGAGAGCGUGUCCACGCGCGCCGCGCACAUGUGCUCCGCGGGGCUGGCCGCCGUCAUCAACCGCAUGCGCGAGAGCCGCAGCGAGGACGUGAUGCGCAUCACCGUGGGCGUGGACGGCUCCGUGUACAAGCUGCACCCUAGCUUCAAGGAGCGGUUCCACGCCAGCGUGCGCAGGCUGACCCCCAGCUGCGAGAUCACCUUCAUCCAGUCGGAGGAUGGCAGCGGCCGCGGCGCCGCCCUGGUCUCCGCGGUGGCCUGUAAGAAGGCGUACAUGCUGGGCCAGUGACAGCAGCGGCGGCCAGGCACGGAGGAGGCUCCAGGGGACAGACUCCCCCACAGGCGCCCCCAGCCUGGCCUGCCUCCCCACCCGCUGCCGCCUGGAGAUGGGGAAGACACGAAGGAGAAGGCCUUGCUGGGCAGGCCAGUCUUCCUGAGUCAGUGGGAGGGACAGCCCCAGGGCCCUGCCUGGGUUGGGGGCUCCAGGAGCAGAAAUGGAGAUUCCCACCACGUCUCCUGUCUUUCUGCUGGAAUCACCACCCGGAGGGCGGGGCUCGCUCAGGACUUAGUUGGAGCUUUCGGCUUGGUUCAGCCAUGCCUGGGCCCGCUCUGGGGAGGGGUGCCCUGUGGACCUGCUGUGGCCUGGUUCCCUGGGACUCAGCCCACAUGGGGAGGCAGCCCAGGGGCCUGGCCAGAUCUCCACCUGGCUCCACAGCGGGCAGGGCUGCUGACCACCCAGGCCUGGUGGGCUUCUCUGCCUGGAGACGGGAGAGAGAGGGGCAGGGAUCAGCUCAGCGUGGAGACCGAGGACCAGGAGGCCUGGGAUGCAGCCUCUCCACAGGAGGUACCAGAGAGGCCCCCACAGCCCCUGUCAAGGACCCAGGAAGAGGAGGACCCCCAUGGGGCUGCCACACAGCAGCCCAGCAGCACUCAGCACAGCCUCUUCAUGCCCAUCAUGGGACGGGGUGGUUUUUUAAUUAAAAGUUCUAAACGUUUAGA